AUGUGCGCACGUGUUGGCGGCGCGUGCAGCUGGGUAUACAUCGAGGACUGGGACACCUUCUACGCCGAAGCGGAGAAGCUGUACCUCGAUCACCCGGCCCAUACGCGCUACUCGCUCAAGUACCGCCACACCGACGGCAAGGUCCUGCUCAAGGUCACCAACGACCGCGUGUGCUUGCAGUACCAGACGGACCAGCAGCAGGAUCUAAAGCGGAUAGAGAAGCUCAACAACAUCUUCAUCACCAGAAU